UCUUCCACAGUUCAGAAACAGCAUAUAAUACUGAAGGACAUACAUCACUUUCACUUCAUGACCCACGGGCAAUAAAUCUGAUGGCAUUUCUACUUUAACCUCAAACGGAAGGCAGCAGUAGGAGGAGAACUUUAACGGUUCAUAGAGUAACACCUACACUUUGACACUUUGUAGCUCAGAGCAGAUGCUGAAAGAGUUUACACGCCGAAAAUGGUUCUCCAAUGGACAAAGAUGCUUACAGUUUUCGUCCUGCUCGAACACGUGAAAGACAGGAGAUCUUCAUCAGGUACUGUCACUGUGCCGGACAUUAUUAAACUUCAGGCUUUGGACAUGUGGAGACUGGAGGUGAAGUGGAUGAUGAGUCAGAAUGAAAAACAGAGAAACCAAACGUAUGAAAUACAAGUCGGACGCACAGCAAAUAUGGAUGUUGUCGACAGCAUGAAUGUAAGCAGAAGAUCUCUGGAAGAAGUUCACACACUGGUUUGGACCUCACAGCUCCCGCUGAACUGUGUGGAUCACUCUGUUAGAAUAAGACUCAUCUCUGAUGCUUCACAAUCCAGCUCUUGGAGUUCAUGGAAAACUGUCUAUGGGGAGAUGAACUUGGCGCACAAUGAAAUCAGGAUAUUUCCAAAUAACCAGGUGCUACGGGAGGGAUCCACGGUGAUGUUCUGCUGCAUUUAUCCCACAGAGACAAACCUCACCAAAAUGUUCUUCGGCAACACUGACUACAAAGUCAUCAACAUAAGCCCACAGGUUAAAGCCAUUCGAGUGGAAAACAUCAAAGCCACAAAUGCAUUCGGUGUCAUCUUCUACUGCGAAAGGGAAAGGGAUGAGCAAGGACAUAACUUUGUCUCCUUUCCUCCUGAGAAACCAUUAGAUUUUAGAUGCAAGACUGAAGACAUGAGACAUGCGUACUGCUUGUGGAAAGAACGCAGAGCUCCUAACCUAGAAGAUGACCAGAAGUACACAUUACUAAUCAGUGACUCCAAGUCUGUCAAAUGUGAUGAGAGCACAGAUCCUGCACCCUGCAGAUUUGAUGUUAUCCAACAGCAGAUCAAAUACAACAUAACAUUACUUGUGACAAACAGUUUGGGGCGAGAGAGUGAGACCGACAUAUUCAAUAUCACAGACAGAGUUUUUCCAGUCCCUGAGCAUCAUGAAGUGACUGCAGGGGUGUUUGAUUCAUUGGUGAUCUUUCAGCUGAAUGGGAAUUUCAAAGGACUUCUGUUGAUUUGCCAGACUGAACUUGAACCAGGAGGGAUAAUACAGGAUUUAGAUAAGAAUGGAUCUGACUCAGUGCAGCAUUAUGCAUUCAGACUGCAGCACCUGAAGCCCAGCACGCAGUACUCUGUUAGGGGGCGCUGUGCAGUACAAGGGAACAACUGGGGCCGAUGGACAGAAAAAAGACUGUUCAUCACAGAGCCUCUAGUGACCAUAAAUCUGUGGAGACAUAUCAGGGACCAUCCCACUCGCACUAUCACACUGCUAUGGAAAACAGUCAGCAGUGAAUCAGAGUUAUAUAUUGAAGCCUAUGAGGUGUGUGUGAGCUACAGAAAUCAAGAAAGGAGCGUGUGCAUGAACAUCACACAGACGCAGGUGGAACUAACCAGAGAUGACAAUAUGAGUGAGAUCACCGUGAGGGCCGUCAUUCAGUCUGGCUUCACUGAAGCAGCCCGCACUUUUCCUUCAGCAUAUACAGACAACCAGCAGAGGGAGAAGAGGAUUAUGGGCAAUGAAAAGGGAUUCCAGCUGACCUGGACGAAGGACUCGACCACCACGUGUGAUUACACCGUAGAGUGGUACAUGCUGGGUAUAAAACUUCCCAGCAACUUACAGUGGAGAAAAGUCCCAGCUAACCAGACCUCCUUAAACCUAUACGCAGGUGAUUUUAACGAAGGAGUUCAAUACGAAUUUGAAAUCUACGGGUGUAACGAUAAGGGAUAUCGACGUCACGAGAAGCAGGUCGGAUACUUAAAAGAACAGAAGCCCACGCAGUGGCCUACGCUGGACACUAACCCAACCAUAACAUGGUCAUCUGUAAACCUGAAAUGGAGUUUCAAUGAGAUGGACCUGAGUCAUGCUGGAUUCAUCACAGGAUAUAUGAUUACGGUGCAAGAUGAUUCAGAGGCCAGCUCCGGUCUCAGUUCCAUCAGUCAGUCGGUGGACAAUCCUCACGUCAAGUCUUGGACAGUCACUGGUCUUGCGGAGGACCAGCUCUACACAUUUCAGCUGGCAGCAUGUACAUCUGCAGGCUGUGGACCGGGGACCUCUGCCACCUUUAGAACCAGAAAGAACUAUUACAUGGUGGUGGUAAAGGUUCUGGUUCCUCUCCUGGUUUUGUUUGGUUGUUGUGUUUGUCUGUGGUCAUACAGAAACCUAUUUAGAGGAUUUCCAGAAGAACCGUUAGGCUUUCUGCACAUAAAAGCACUGGACCUGGAUGAAGAUCUUUAUGAAGCAAGUGAAAAGCUCCGUACUCUGAUGAUAGAUGACUGUAAAUGGUGUGAUGUCGAGAUUUUAGAGGCGCAACCUGCUGCAGAAAAAACAAGGCUGAAAGACGCAGAGGAUCAGAGUUCUUCAUUCAUUACACCUACAGUCAUGCUACCAUCCUGCCAUCCUACCACAGACGUAUGGGUGGCCACAGACCUCACAAACUUAACUUACGUAUCUUGUGUGCAGCAAGAUCUCCCUUCAGAGGAGCAGCAAACAGAAGCGACAAAGCAGGAGAUCUCAGGCUUUUCAAGUGACUACGUCACUUCUGUAGCCACAUCAUUCCCGAAAAUGUAGUGAUGUGAUCUUUUACACGCACCAAAAUAAGACAGCCAGCGCUGUCGAUCUUAUCACGGAGAUGUUCAGCAAGAUCACAACAUCCUCAUGUCACCGGCGUGUUUCUAAGGGGCCCCGUUUCCUUCUGCAAAACAGCUUUUAAAGACAAGAAGUGUUGUGAAAUGGGAUUGCAGUAUUUGAUAGUUGAGAUUUUGCAAUAUCUGUCAGGUACUUUAUCUUGGUUUUGCAUGUUGUGCUGGAGCAAAACGUACAAAAUGUUCUCUCGCAAGGGAAAAACAUCUGUAUAAUUCUGUUCUGUAUUGCUAAGCUUUAUGGGUAACACUUUGCAUUAUGUUUCAUGAUCUAAGUAUUCAGCAUAAAAUCUAACAAUUUUUUACAGUUUAUAUAUUUUUUUAUGUUAAACAAGUACGUUAUUGAUUUUUUACAAAUGUUUUUGAAUAUUAUGCUCACAAAUGCUGCAUAUUUUUUUAAUAUAAUAUGUAAUUCUACAGUUUAUUCAACAUUUGCUAAAACAUACUUACAUUUAUGCUGUCAAGGCUUACCAAGGCUGCAUUUCUUUAAACAAAAAAGAAUUAAAAAAAAUAAAUAAAUAAAUACAGUAAAAAAAAAGUAAUAUUAUAAAAUAUUAUCACUUUAUAGAGCUGUUUUCUAUUUUAAUUGAUUUUAAAAAUGUAUUCCUGUGAUCAAAGCUGAAUUUACUCCAGCAUCAUUACUCCAGUCUUCAGAGUCACGUAAUCCUUCAGACAUCAUUUUAAUAUGCUAAUUUACUGCUCAAGAAACAUUUCUUAUUAAUGUUGAAAACUGCUGCUUCAUAGUUUUGUGGAAAUGGUGACUUCUGAGAAACAACGUUUUAAAGAACAGAAUUUAUCUGAAAUAGAAAUCUUUUGUAACAUUAUAAAUGUCAUCUUUGUCACUUUUGAUCUAUGAAAUGCAUCUUUAUGAAUAAAAGCAUUAAUGUCUUUAUCUU